AGCCCGAAGCUAUAUCGUAGGUCCCUUGCGCCGGCAAACCAAAAAUCAUGGGCGAAGCUGUGCUUAUGAGAUCCUCGCAAUGGCGGUAGCAUGGCGGUGGCCAAAGAGCUGCACGACAAAGAGGAGCUGCGGUACCUGGAGUAUUGGUGCAAGCUGACCUUCCGCUCUGUGGACCUUCACGUGAGGAACGCCUGGUCCUUCUCAGAGCCCACGGACUUAGAGAAGCUGCGGGUCCUCGCAGAGCAGCUGGAAGGCCCGAUCGUGCACAGCUUCAUCGAUGUGGAGGACAUAACUGGGCAGUCGACUCCUGGCCAAGACUGGCACCAGCUCGUUGAGGCGGGGUAUUUGGACGUGGACUGGCGGGACGUGGAGUUCCCGGUGGGGUCCCUGGAGUUUCCCCGGAGUCGGCGCGGUGAGGCCAAGGCCUUUCUGCUGUGCAAGGUGGCCCUGGGUCGGGCCUCCACGGUGAGGGAGGACACCCCGCCAAAGUUCCCGGAGUUCUUCUCCUCCUGCUUGGUGCGGUCCGCCGCGUCCACGCUGGCCGCCCGGGCUCGGGGCGCCGAUCACGCGGAUCCGGUGACAGACUGGCAGCAGGUCUACCGGGUCCGGGGCCGGGACCAAGUGCUGCCGUAUGCGGUUUGCGAGGUCGUGUUCCAGGAGCAUCGCGCAGUGGCCAAGCCGCUGAUUUGCGAGCACUGCGAACAGCGACCAGCCUCUGUCUAUUGUAAGAAUGACAAUGCUCACUUCUGCACUGCGUGCGACACCUCCCACCACUCAGAGAACGAGUUCUUCGCUCGCCACCAGCGGUUCUCUAUGGAGCACUCCCCGCUGCAGUUCGGCUUUUGUCGAUACCAUCCUUCCGAGCGCCACGAGAGCCUGUGCUUGGAAUGCAAGACGAUGCUUUGCCGGAUGUGUAACAAAUUCGGAGACCAUGCGCGCAAAGAGCACGAGGGCCAUCCCUUGGUGUCCACCGUCGAGGCGUUUCAGCAGGCCAUGCUCGCGAGCACCGACUCGGACACGAGGCAGGCGAAGCACAAGACCUCGCUGCGUGAGGCCAUGCAGGAGAGGCACUUCCAACUGAUGGAGGUGCACGCCAACUUCGAGGAGACCCAGCAGCAGAUGGACGUGGUCUUGCGCGGCGCCUUAGAGCAGCUGGAGCGCGCGCAGAGUCGCAAGCUGGAGUUCCUCCAGUCGAUGAAGCGCCAGGUGACAACUCAGCUGCUGUUCAUCCAGUGGCUGGACAACUUCCAGGCGCACGCGCGCAUGGCCCUGCCCCCGGCGGACUUCGUGGUGGCCUCGAAGCGCCACGCGGGCCUGCUGUCCGCGCUGUUCGGAGCAGAGGACUCUGGGGCCGUGCUGAAAGGUGCGGAGUUCGGGCUCGGGCCAGUGCCGCCCUGGGUAGACGAGGAGCUGUUGCUGGAAGGCGCCGUGGCGGUGCAGCUCACCUCGCUGCCGCCGCCCAUGGCGAUGCCCGGGCCUACGCCUCCCAAGGCCGUCUUGGAGGAGGCGCCGCUGGCCAUCGCCAGGGACGACGAGGAGCCGGGCACUUCCUACCUGGAGGCCACGCCCCGAAAGCGUUCCAUGCGGCCGCCGGCCCCUGCGGGCAUCGGCGGAAUUAGCGACACCCUCUACGUGGAGGCGAAGGUGCCUUCUGAGCCGCCAGCGCUGGCAUUACCGGCGGACGCCGCGCCCGCGGCGGCGAAGGUGGGCGUGUUGGACGCUGCGGCGGUGUCAGCGGUGGAGCAGGUCCCGGCCAAUCAGAACACCCGCGCCGAGUUCGACGGCUACAUUUCCCAGGCGUUCGCAUACCUGGACGAGGCCCAAAAGCGCAUGCAAGCUCGCAUGGGCCUGCCAAAUGUGGCAGCGGCAGCUGUGCCCCCGCGCGUGGCGAGCCUGCAGCUGGCCACAGAGGUCUUGGUGCAGCUGCGCCAGGCGGAGAACGGCAAGGUCUGGGGCACGCUCCUCACUUUGCUGAGCUCCUGCCCUGGCGGGGAGCGUCAGGAGCUGCUGCUGCGCUGCCUGCGGGUUGCGGCGCCCAUCGGCGACACCGCGGGGCAGCUGGCCAGGUGCGUAGUGGAGGAUGACGUGCAGCGGACCCAGGUGCCUUCAUUGCUGGUGUCUGCCAACGGCCUGCACACAGCGCUGGUGCAGGCGUUGAUGCGACUCAGCGGUAGCUCCUUCAUGGAGAAGGAGCUGGUGAUGCUGGUGAAGGAGGUAGAAGCCAUGAGCUCAUCAGGCGGCAACUCCAUGCACCUUGCGGUGGACAGCUUCAUCAAGAGCAUGGUCCACGCCUUGCGCAGCGGCCAGGGCGAGGUGCAUCCCUCGCUCACCUCGGUGUGUCACCUGGUCUACUCUGCGGCGGAGGUGAAGUUCGGGAUCCUGGCGGCGCAAAACGCCGUGGGCACGCUGCUGGUGAGCAGAGUCAUUACGCCCAGCAUCCUCAGGCAGUCCACAGAGGGCGCAGAGCGCCUGGCGGAGCUCUCGCGGCUGCUGCAGCGCAUCGCCCACUUUGCGCACCACGACGAGGAGACCUCCCGAGGCCACGCCGGCGUGCCGGACCUGCACCAGGUCUUGAAGCACGUGGCGGCGCUUCGGGAGUUGGUGUCCCGAGUGCUGUCGCUGCCUCCUGAUGCUCAGAUGGGCCUGCCGGCCUCGACCGAAGACGCAGAGGCGGCGGCCGCCUGGAUCGUGGAGACCUGCCGACGCUGGGCGGGCCACGUGCCGGCGGAGUCGGGGGCGGACCCGCCGGGCCGGGCGCGGCAGCAGCAGCAGCUGCAGCUGGCGUGCAAGGGCCUGGCGCGCCUGGGGGAGCCUGCGCACGCUGCACAGGCGAUGCCGGACCCGCCCCGCGCCCUGGACCCUCGGGCGGGGGACUGGUGAAGGCCGCUGGCACUGAGAUCAGUCUGAGAUCGCCGCAAAGCGGGGGCAUGAAACGCAGCUCUGAACAGAGCCCAGGGUUCGCUAGUGCCACGGUCUUUGAGGAAGCUACGCGCGUUGGUGCUCUGGCUCAUUUGGCAAGCGUCCGGUGAUCGCCGAACUUCUCA